GUGUGAAGCAAGGCUGACAAAGGGAAGCAGCCAGUUGUACUGUGUGGAGCUUCUGCCCCCAGGAGGGGAUGGCCCAGCCUCUGCCCUGCCCACCGGGUGAAGACACCACCCAGCCAGGCCAGUCGUCAUGCCAACGGUGCAACGGCACAGCCAGCUGCCAGGGCCCGAGGCCUUCCCUCUGGAGCAGAGCUGGGGGUCAGCUGGGUCAGAGGUCACGACCCCUGCAGCCCUGCCCUGCAGGAAUGCACCAUGGAGACGUGGAGAGGGAUGGGUGUGUGAUGUGUCCAUUGGGGUAUUACUGCACUGGUGGCGUCUCCAUAUGGUGUCCAGCCGGAAGCUAUGGAGCGAAGGAGGGCCUGCAGAGAGAGAGGGACUGCUCCCCCUGUCCAGCAGGCUUCUACUGUUUGGAGGGCAGCUCUCGCAGGCCCGGCUCCCAGUUCCUGUGCCCUGUGGGGUUCUACUGUGAGGAGGGAACAGCGGUACCGCACGGGUCCCCUUGCCCCGCUGGAACCGCAGGAGGACAACUGGGCCAGACAAGUAGAGCAGCCUGCAAGAGGUGUGUGGAGGGACGAUUCUGUCCUGCAGGUUCAGUUGGACCGGGUCUGCCUUGCGCCAGGGGAAGGUAUUGCCCGGCGGGGACUCUGAGGGAGAUCUUAUGCCCCCGCGGCACCUUCACUCCCCACCAGGGGGCCUUGAGUAUAAAGGACUGCUUGCGAUGUCCAGCGGGGUUCUAUUGCCCUGAGGCCACCCGUGACCCAGUGCCCUGCCAGCCUGGCACCUUUAACCCCCUGGAUGGGCAGGACUCCGCUGAAGACUGCCGGCCCUGCUACCCGGGCAAGGCCUGCACCAGGGUGGCACUGAAGGCCCCAGACGUGGACUGCAUGCCAGGCUUCGUGUGCCCCCCAGGCACGGCACGCCCUAACCUCCCUGCCAACGCCUGCCCCCCUGGCACCCUUAGCAACCGAACCGAUCUCACGGACCGCGAACAGUGCCAGCUGUGCCCCGCGAGCUUCGCCUGCCUCAGAGGUACGGGUGGCAUCCAGAGGCCUCCGCUCUCCUGCUUCCCUGGGCACUACUGCCCCGCGGGCUCCAUGUUCCCCACACAGCACAAAUGCCCCCCGGGCACGUGGAGUGAACGCGGCGGCCUGGAGUCGGAGCGGGAGUGCCAGCCUUGCCCACGGGGGUGGUACUGCCUCUCGGGCUCAGGGGCACCGUCAGGGAGAUGCAUCGCUGGGCACUACUGCCCUGAAGGCACGAUGUUCGGUACCCAGUCUCCCUGCCCAGCGGGCACCUUCAGCAACAUGAUGGGCAACGGGCAGAAAGCUGACUGCCAGAUCUGCCCCAAGGGGUAUUACUGCAAGGAGGGCACCUCCAAACCCACUGCCUGCCCGCCGACGACGUACCGCCGGAUGAAGGGGGCCCAGAGGCCUCAGGACUGCUCCCUGUGUCCCGCCGGAUACUCCUGCCCCCAGUCCGCCACCGUCCAGCCCACAGUGUGCGGGGUGGGCAGCUACUCGGACGAGGGCUCGGUGGAGUGCCUGCCGUGUCGGCGAGGUCACUACUGCAGCAACGAGACGACCAGCGCCGAGGUCAUGCUGAGCGUCAUGGUGUGCCCCGCCGGCUUCCUCUGCUCUCAGGGGCUCGACCGGGAACCCCAGCGCUCCGCCGUCUUCUGCCCCAUCGGCUUCUACUGCCCCGGGGGGAGCAUCAACCCCAACCCCGUCCCGUGCCCCAAUGGGACGUACAGUGGGCAGCCGGGGCUGAGGGACGAGGCUGACUGUGUCACGUGCCCCGCGGGGAAGUUCUGCUUCUCUCAGGACCAGGACCAGCCCGCCACUGAGCCGACGGGUUCCUGCCCAAACGGGCACUACUGCCCUCCUGGCACAGGGCAUCCACACUCCUUCCCCUGCCCAGCGGGCUCCUUCAGGAACAACUCCCUGGGGCACGGUGGCGAGAGCUGUGUGGCGUGUCCUGCAAGGCAUUACUGUGGCACUCCAGCCACCCGUACGCCCAGCGGGUGCCCUCAGGGUUUCUAUUGCCCUGAGGGCAGUAGCACUCCUGCCCCCUGUGAAGAGGGCACCUACGGCCCUCGCCCUGUCCUGGCUGAUGCUUCAGAGUGUGCCCCUUGUGACGGGGGCAGGUACUGCAGCGGAGUGGGGCAAACUGAGCCGUCAGGGACCUGUGAGGCAGGAUUCUACUGCAGACACAGAGCCACCACAGCAACCCCUGUGGAUGGUCCGUCAGGCGGCCUGUGUCCAGCUGGCAGUUAUUGCCCCUCAGGCUCAUCCUACCCCUCCCCCUGCCCCCCCGGCACCUUCAGCAACAGUACCGGCCUCAUGCACACGCAGCAGUGUGUCAGCUGCCCCCCAGGAUACUACUGUCUGGGCUCCAACAGUUCUGCUCCAACUGGGCGCUGUGCUGCAGGCUUCUACUGCCCUGGUGGGGCAGACUCCCCUGUGCAGAGAGAGGCAGAGGAGGGGCACUUCUCACGUGAGGGGGCAGUUAAAGCAGAGGAUUGCCCCCUGGGCACCUUUCAGCCCGGCCGAGGCCAGGGAAGGUGUCUCCAAUGCCAGCCUGGCCGCCUCUGCAAUGAGACGGGUCUGUCCCAACCCCCCCUCUGCCCCUCUGGCCACUACUGCCCCCCCGGCUCGUCUGUCGCUCGGCCAUGUCCACCUGGCUCCUACUUUGCUCAUCCUGGUGCAAUAGAAGUAACACACUGCAGCUUGUGUGAUGCGGGGCAGUUCUGCCAGAAUCCAGGCCUUUCUGCCCCAGAGGGUCCCUGUGCCCCAGGAUUCUACUGUACUGGGGGAUCCAGCACUGCUACACCGGUGAACUUGCGGUCUGGAGACGUGUGUCCUGCGGGCUACGUGUGUCCCCCUGGCACCAUGCACCCCCACGAGACUCCGUGCCCCCCCGGCACCUGGAGCAAUGUGGUGGGGGGGCAGGAUCUGUCCACCUGCUGGCUCUGCCCCCCUGGGUUCUACUGCAACACCUCCGCCCUGACCCAGCCCACCAAUGUGUGUGCCCCAGGGUUUUAUUGCUCUGGUGGGGCAAAGAGCUCAAUGCCAGUAGAUGGAGAGAGCGGCGGCCGCUGUCCAGCUGGGUCCUACUGUCCACCGGGUUCAGCCUCGCCCUCACCCUGCCCUGAGGGCACCUUCUCCAACAGCACAGGUGUUGCAGAGUGCCGUAACUGCCCUCCGGGGAAGAUCUGCCUGCGGGGGGAGGACCCCGAGCUCUGCCCUGAGGGGCACUUCUGCCUUGGGGGCACCCUGGACGAUAUCUUGGCCUGCCCACCAGGAACCUACAACCCCUUGCAGGGGCAAAACCAGCUGGAGCAGUGCCUCCUCUGCCCCCCAGGGAGGUACUGUGAGGAGUGGGGACUGUCUGAACCAUCGGGUUUCUGUCAGGCCGGAUAUUUCUGUUUAGCAGGCAUCAACUUCAGAAACCCUGACGGGAACAUCAGCACUGGGGUGGGUGGGGCCUGUCCUAGAGGUCACUACUGUCCAGAGGGCUCAAGCCUACCACACGCCUGUCCUCCAGGAACCUCUUCCAAUAGGUGA